UGACUUUUGUUGAGUAGGGUCCCUCAGUCUUCGGAGGCGAAAGCCAAUCAAUGCAAUUAGCUUUCGUUUCUACCUUGAGACCAAGUUUGAACAAGUACAACCAAUUCUUCAUCUUAUAGCAGUAAUUCUCGAACCAAACAGUGACUCGGACUCCAAUAAAACACACCCUCGAUUGAACUGCCAAGUCAAUAAGGGUAUCCUCUCACCUUCUCGCUCUCAUUACGAACUUUCAACAAUUCUAAACGAUGCUUUUUCCUAUUCUUGUCUGAAUUUUCGGUGUCUGUUGCAAAUUAUCUCUUCCUGUUAGUCCAAUCGGCUGCCCAAUUCCUUUGUAGAUAUUUCCCCUCUUUCUAUUGGGAAAUUCGGCGACUUUUGUACGCUUCUUGGAAUUAUCAGAAUUUUAUCUGUUUUCUGACAUCAAAGUUUUUCCUCCCCCAAUUUUGUGCAAGCAGAGGUGUUAGAUGUUGACUGAGACGGAGAAAGUGAGUUGGCGCUGACUUUUAUGGAUAAUCUUUGUUGUUUUAACUCUGUCUCUAAGGUGCUUGGGGGGCGUUCUUCAUGUAGCUCUGGUAAGGGCAGAAGCCAUCAGUGCCCAGUCAAGUAUGGCUUUUGCCUUGUAAAAGGGAAAGCAAACCACCCGAUGGAGGAUUAUCAUGUAGCAAAGUUUGUCCAGUUCAGAGGGCAUGAGAUUGGGCUUUUUGCUAUAUAUGAUGGGCACUUGGGAGACAGUGUACCAGCCUAUCUACAAAAGCAUCUGUUUUCUAAUAUAUUAAAGGAUGAGGACUUCUGGAAUGAUCCAAACAGGUCAAUUGUCAAAGCCUAUGAGACAACAGAUCAGGCAAUUCUAUCCCACAGUGCUGAUUUGGGGCGGGGUGGUUCAACUGCAGUGACUGCAAUUCUUUUAAAUAAUCAGAAGCUAUGGAUAGCUAAUGUUGGAGAUUCACGAGCAGUUAUGUCAAGGGGAGGGUCAGCCAUACAGAUGAGUACUGAUCAUGAGCCUAACACUGAGCGGGACAGUAUUGAGGACAGAGGUGGCUUUGUCUCAAACUUGCCAGGAGAUGUUGCAAGAGUGAAUGGCCAACUUGCAGUUUCUCGAGCUUUUGGGGACAAAAACCUUAAAUCACACUUGCGAUCUGACCCCGACAUUCAGCAUGUUGAGAUUUAUCCAGAUACUGAGCUUUUGAUUCUCGCAAGUGAUGGCCUAUGGAAGGUUAUGGCAAAUCAAGAGGCAGUUGAUAUUGCUAGAAAGAUUAAGGAUCCACAAAAGGCAGCAAAACAGCUCGUGGCCGAGGCGUUGAAGCGAGAAAGCAAAGACGACAUUUCCUGCAUUGUCGUUCGUUUCAAGGGGUGAAAAAGAGAGACAGACUGAGAAAAGAGAGUGUAAAUAAUUUUCUCUGAAUUUCAGGGUAUAGAAAAUCAAGACUUCUCUUUCCAGAGAUGCAUAUGCAAUUCCAUAUCCUAGUUUGGAGAUAAUGGAAAUCCUGUUACCAACUCCCCUCUCUAUUCUGCCUUUGUAAAAUUGAAAGUUAGGUGGUGUCAUUUUAUUAUUUCUUGAUUUCUCCUUCUCUCUAUGUAGAUUCAUACCAUUAUUUUUCUCUGUAAUUUGCGCUAUGAUUUUGGAGCAGUGUGAGGAUAUGGCCAUAAUAGCCUUUCAUUUUAUUAUAGAACAUCAUGUAUGAUAUAAUUGACGUGCUCCUUGCAUGUUAUAAGCAUAUAAUCUCUUACUAGAAA